UUUUUUUUUUUCGUACCUCUGCAAGCUCACUUGCCCACAUUCUUCUCACUUCCUCACUCUUUCUCUUUAUUCCUUCACUCCUUCACUCACCUCUCCACUCCUCCAUCUACUUCACUCCCAUACGCCCUCACUUCUUUGCAGUCCCACGCUCUUACACUUUCAUUUGAACUCUCUUUGCAUUCCUGAAAUUGCUUGCUACCCUUUUGUUGACCAACUGGCAUCUUUGCAAUGGAAGAAUCGGAGGGCUGCUAUUGUAUUCAGGCACAGGCCUGUUCUCAUUGGAUUGCUGCAAAGAUGGAUAACAGACUUGAGACUGCUAGGGAGCACUCACAGACCCAUACAAGAACAUUUGAGCAAGGACUGUAUCAGCAGGAGAAUCAUCGCCCAAUUGUUAAUGAGCUACAACGAGAGCUCAGAAUUGCCAUGACGGAGAUUGAAAAAUUAGCAAAGACCAGUCGAGAUCUAGCGAAAAUUAAUCAGGAACUCGAAGAGUCGCGGUUACUGGCUGUCAGUGACCAGGCAAGAACAGCAAAACGACUCAUGCUUGUCUCUGCUCAGCUGGAAUAUACAGAGCAACAGCUUUUUAACCUUACUAAAGAGAUGGCUGAUGGACAAAAGGAUUCAGACCUACUGCGAAUAGAAAGAAUCAAGAGGGAAGCAUUGCAGGAACGCGAGGAUGCAAGUCGAUUGAAGAUCGAGGCUUUACAGGAUGAACUUCAGGAGGUGCAAAGAUCAGAAAGGGCAUUACAACAAAAACUUGUUACGAUCCAAGGCAAGUAUGAGACUCUGUCUAAGCGCCAUGACAGCCUCAAACGACAGCAGCAGGAGUUAGAGCUGGCGCGCGAAAGUAAAGAAGCGCUUGCUUGGCUCAAAGAAACAACCGACCGGCUCUGCUCUCCGCCUCAAGGUAGUUUGGGCCAGGCAAUCCAACAAGAACGGCCAUCACAGGGAUCAACCGUAAUGAGUAUGCAUCAACUCUCACCGUCUUCAUCACCGCCCUAUCCAUCCUCGUUCAUUGAUCCACCACUCGCCGCACAAAAUCAAUUGAUCUCAUUAAUCAAAGAACUCGCUACAACCAACUCGACAUUACGCUCUGAGCUAAAUGAAUACCGUGAUCUGUUGCAGGAUACUAGGAACGAAAUACUGGCCCUACGGUCACAAGUAGAAGACUAUGAACAGGGUCAUGCAUUUGAACACUGAUGUAGAUAUGGACAUGCUUAGUUCUGGUUGCGAAUUUGAUGAAGAUCAUGAGAACAGAUAUCAUCCUGAGAAACCCACCAAUCCAUCAUCGGACAUGAGUGAUUGUGCAAACGAU